CGCGGUGGUGGUAGGAGGUGCAAGGCUCGGCGCGGUGGUGGUAGGAGGUGCAAGGCUCGGCGCGGUGCUGGUAGGAGGUGCAAGGCUCGGCACGGUGCUGGUAGGAGGUGCAAGAGUCGGCGCGAUGCUGGUAGGAGGUGCAAGGCUCGGCAAGGUGGUGGUAGGAGGUGCAAGGCUUGGCACGGUGGUGGUAGGAGGUGCAAGGCUCGGCACGGUGGUGGUAGGAGGUGCAAGGCUCGGCGCGGUGCUAGUAUGUGGUGCAAGGCUCGGCGCAGUGCUGGUAGGAGGUGCAAGGCUCGGCGCGGUGCUAGUAUGUGGUGCAAGAGUCGGCGCGGUGCUGGUAGGAGGUGCAAGGCUCGGCGCGGUGCCUGUAGGUGGAGAAUAUUUACAGAAUAUUCCAUUAUAAUGUGGUGAAUCUUUGUUUACUAUUCCUAUCACUAUGCCCUCUUGUAGGUGUUUGAGGAGGUCUCGCCUCUCAUCACGUCAUGCUUGGAUGGUUAUAGUGUUUGUAUUCUCGCUUAUGGACAGACUGGCUCUGGAAAAACAUACAGUAUGGAGGUAAUGUGAGUGCGUUAGCUGCAGCAUAAUUAUCACAUGGUAUAGAGGGUGUGCCACGCAGGCCGAGCGUCGCUAUAUAGAGGGUGUGCCACGCAGGCCGGGCGUCGCUAUAUAGAGGGUGUGCCACGCAGGCCGGGCGUCGCUAUAUAGAGGGUGUGCCACGCAGGCCGGUUGUUGCUAUAUAGGAGGGUGUCCAAUGCACAGUUAUUUGAGGUUAAAAUGCCGUUGCAUUUUAUGUACCAGCUGGUUAUAGCGGUGGUAAUGUCACUGCCACCGCAUUUUAUGUAUCUGUUGGUUAAAGCGGUAGCAGGCCUUCUUCACCUUUAAAUAUCCCCUUUCAAAGAAAAAUAAACAAGUUUUCGAAGGGCUGUGGAGUAAUAUUAGUGUUCAUUAUAUGGAGCGGAAACUGAGAAUGUUAUUAGUGUCCGGUGGUAUACACGGUCUGGUUUGGAUAACAUGUUAUUUAAUUUUCCCAGGGGACACCGUCCGACCCUGGUAUUAACCAACGAGCCCUGCGCCUUCUCCUCUCCAAGGUGGGAGAGAGGUCCAAUUCCUGGGAGCACCAGCUCAGUGUCAGCAUGGUGGAGAUCUACAACGAAUCCCUGAGGUGAGACUAGGGAUACGAGACAGCAGGUACAGCUAUGUCCUGCUAACAAUCGCUGACAGCACUCAAUGAUUAACCAUUUUUUCCAGGGACCUGCUGGACUCUUCCAGUAACACGCCAUUAGAUAUAAAGAUGGCCCCGGGGGGAGCAGGUGAAUUGUAUGUUCCCGGGCUGAUGCAGCGAAAUGUACAGUGCAUGCAAGAUAUAAACAAGGUGAGGGGUUUUGUAUGUUUGUCCUGGGAAUUAGACUGUAAGCUCACUGGCUCAGGCGUUACUUUCGCCAUGUUUAGGGAGAUGAUGUUUGUAUGUGUAGAUGUCAGAUGCUAAGACUUUAGUUCUGUGUGAUCUUUGCUCUUUUAACAGGGAAAUUGCAAGUUUCAGGCCAAAUUAACCAACAAAAAUCGAUCUGACACUUUUAAGCUUCUGUUAUUUUUACUUAAAAUGAGCAAUUUCCUUGUUAAUGCUGCAUAGUCCCAGUAUGGCGAAUGGUAAAUGGUGAAUUUAGGCUGCAAUAAAGAGCUGUGGGAAAGCAGUGACGGAUCCAGAGCCUGAUCUCGGGAGGGGCACUUGUAGAUUAUUUAAAUAAAUAAUCCUGGCACAAUAACCACUACAGCUCAGUGUAGUAGUUAUGGUGCUAGUAGUGCCAGGAUCCCACCCCAGAGUAAGUAGUCAUACCAUUUAAGAACAGUUUGACAACUUACCUGGGGUCUGCUGGGAUAUAGGGCAUAGGAGCAGUGGUAUGUGUUAGGGGUGAAGUGUGUGUGAAAGGUGCAGUGUGUGUGAGUGCGUGAGGGCGGCAGUGUAUGUCAGGGUUGCAGUGUGUGUUAGGGGGCAGUGUAUGUGUGGGGCACUGUGUGUAUGUGUGUGUGUGUGUGUGUGAGGGUGGCAGUGUGUAUGGGGGCACUGUAUGUGUGUUUGGGGCAGUGUGUGUAUGGGGGCACUAUAUGUCUGUAUGGGGCAGUGUGUGUAUGGGGAGGGCACUUUAUGUAUGGGGGGCAGUGUGUGUGUGUGUGUGUGGGGCAAUGUGUGUAUAGGGGCAGUGUGUAGGGCACUGUAUGUGUAUGGGUGUGCAGUGUGUGUGUGUGUGGGCAGUGUGUGUAUGGGGCAGGUGUGUAUGUGUGGCAGUGUAUGUGUAAAGGUGUGUGUGUGUGUAUACAUGUGUGUGGGGCAGUGUACAGUGCCCCUUUAAAAAGUAUUUAAUAAAAUAUAUUGCUGUUCCCCAUCCCUUCUUACCUUUACUGGGAGGAGGGGGGACAUUUCUCCGUCCCUGGUGGUCCCAGUGUGGAGUGAAGUCUAGCCCUGGAGCACGUGGUAACCGUGGCUACGCUCCAAAUCUCUGCAGGCUGAGCUCCCGGGUCCUCUCUCCUCCCUCUCCCUCCCCCACUGGCUGUCAGCACAGUGCCUGCGGAUCUCUGAUCACUGCUCUCCCUCCCCGGUCCUUGAAGGCACAUAGCAGGGCUAGCACUUGGACAAUGCCAGCCCUGCAUUAGCCGGCAGGGGAAAAUCUUGGGGGGGGGUAAUUGCCCCGUUGCCCCCCCUUGAUCCGCCAAUGUGGGGGGCAGUGAGUGCAGGUUUCCUCUAUCUGUGAGAGUGUUAAGGUCAGGGAGUUACACGUGUCUUAUAAUGUCCGUGUUGGAGGCUGGAGAUAUAGCAACAUCAUUCAUAGCGUUUCACUCUGCGAUAUUAGAUUCUGGAACUCGGCCACAAACAGCGAGCAACCGAACAAACCAAUGUGAACAGCCACAGCUCUCGAUCCCACGCGCUGCUUAUACUGACCGCCAAGGGAAGGGAAACCAGUACCGGAAUCUGCACCACAGGUACACGAACUACUAAUCCUCGCAGCUCCUCCCCCAAUAACCUGGUAUUGCCCAAAAUGAGCCCAUGGGCCAGACUGAGUGUAGCUGUCAUGGGGGGUGACAUGCCCCCAUCUCCUCCAAUCAUUCCCUGUCUAGCAUGUAGAACUGUUAUUUCAGGAAAGCUGUAUUUGGUGGACCUGGCUGGAUCGGAGAGGGUCUCACGCUCUGGAGCUGCAGGGGAGCGACUGCGGGAAGCUCAGUGUAUCAACCGCUCUCUGUCUGCGCUGGGUGAUGUCUUCUCAGCCCUUCGUUCAGAUCAGGCAUAUGUUCCUUACCGCAACUCCAAGCUGACCUACCUGCUACAGGAGCCACUGAGCCGAGAUGGCAAGGCAUUGCUAUUAUUACAGGUGAGACCAACGCUUCCAAAUAACCCACAUCCACAUCAGUAAUGCCUGGCCAACAGUGUUAGACAUCGGUCAGUAAUGUUAGACAUCGGUCAGUAAUGCCUGGCCAACAGUGUUAGACAUCGGUCAGUAAUGCCCGGCCAACAGUGUUAGACAUCGGUCAGUAAUGCCUGGCUAACAGUGUUAGACAUCGGUCAGUAAUGCCUGGCCAACAGUGUUAGACAUCGGUCAGUAAUGCCCGGCCAACAGUGUUAGACAUCGAUCAGUAAUGUUAGACAUCGGUCAGUAAUGCCUGGCCAACAGUGUUAGACAUCGGUCAGUAAUGCCCGGCCAACAGUGUUAGACAUCGGUCAGUAAUGCCUGGCUAACAGUGUUAGACAUCGGUCAGUAAUGCCUGGCCAACAGUGUUAGACAUCGGUCAGUAAUGCCCGGCCAACAGUGUUAGACAUCGAUCAGUAAUGUUAGACAUCGGUCAGUAAUGCCCGGCCAACAGUGUUAGACAUCGGUCAGUAAUGCCCGGCCAACAGUGUUAGACAUCGGUCAGUAAUGUUAGACAUCGGUCAGUAAUGCCUGGCCAACAGUGUUAGACAUGGGUCAGUAAUGCCCGGCCAACAGUGUUAGACAUCGGUCAGUAAUGCCCGGCCAACAGUGUUAGACAUCGGUCAGUAAUGCCCGGCCAACAGUGUUAGACAUCGGUCAGUAAUGUUAGACAUCGGUCAGUAAUGCCUGGCCAACAGUGUUAGACAUGGGUCAGUAAUGCCCGGCCAACAGUGUUAGACAUCGGUCAGUAAUGUUAGACAUCGGUCAGUAAUGCCUGGCCAACAGUGUUAGACAUCGGUCAGUAAUGCCUGGCCAACAGUGUUAGACAUCGGUCAGUAAUGCCCGGCCAACAGUGUUAGACAUCGGUCAGUAAUGCCCGGCCAACAGUGUUAGACAUCGGUCAGUAAUGCCCGGCCAACAGUGUUAGACAUCGGUCAGUAAUGCCUGGCUAACAGUGUUAGACAUCGGUCAGUAAUGCCUGGCCAACAGUGUUAGACAUCGGUCAGUAAUGCCCGGCCAACAGUGUUAGACAUCGAUCAGUAAUGUUAGACAUCGGUCAGUAAUGCCCGGCCAACAGUGUUAGACAUCGGUCAGUAAUGCCCGGCCAACAGUGUUAGACAUCGGUCAGUAAUGCCCGGCCAACAGUGUUAGACAUCGGUCAGUAAUGUUAGACAUCGGUCAGUAAUGUUAGACAUCGGUCAGUAAUGCCUGGCCAACAGUGUUAGACAUUGGUCAGUAAUGCCCGGCCAACAGUGUUAGACAUCGGUCAGUAAUGUUAGACAUCGGUCAGUAAUGCCUGGCCAACAGUGUUAGACAUCGGUCAGUAAUGCCUGGCCAACAGUGUUAGACAUCGGUCAGUAAUGCCUGGCCAACAGUGUUAGACAUCGGUCAUAAAUACCCUUGAUAAAAGCAGCUCGGAAGGUGCCGAAACAUUGGGGGGGUUUUCUUUGGAUCCGUGUUUCUGCCCUAUUAGGUUUGUGAAUUUUGAUAAAUAAUUAUUGUUGGUUAUUAUGUUUAGCCUAUUCACUAUCACUUACUGUUGUAUUACUAACUGUAAACCUAAUAUUGACUUAUUAAACCAAGAUAGAGAUUUUGUAUGGUUUCUGGUGUGCAUUCUCUUUUUUAGUUAAUUAUUGUUUGUUUCGAUAUUUGAGAUGAAUAGCACCCAGGUGUGUAUUGUUUAUUGUAUAUACUGUUGAGUAGUCUCUCCAUACUUUAUAUAUUAUAAAACAUUGGUCUGAGCACAUUAAACGGACACUCUAUUAUAAAGCCAAAAAUUAUUUAGUGAAUAUAUCCAAAAGGAAACUUUUCCUAAAGUAAAAUGCAUGAAUUUGUUAAAUCUAGAAGCAGUUGAUUAAAACUGCAGACCUCUAGUCUACAGCCUUUGGCUGCCCUUCUCUUCUAACCCUGCCCAGACAGAUUUUGCUGAAUAAUCCACCAAUCAGUGGCUUCUCCUUGAGAACCCCAGAUUUCUGAUGUAAUACUGCUCAAUGAGAAGGGGGGAUGCAGCCCUGCCUGUCAGUCUGAAUGAUGGCCCAGUUAUAAAACUGAUGAUUUCUGCUUUAUAAAGCCGCGCAACAUGACAGACUCCACGUAACGCACGCCGGCAAUCUGUCUGGGUCCAAGUUAUAAACCAGAACUAUUUGCAAGGUUUAACCAUAAUUUCAGGGUUUUUCUUGGUGUCCCCAAACAUAUACACCACUCAAAAAAAUAAAGGGAACACUUAAACAACACAAUGUAACUCCAAGUCAAUCACACUUCUGUGAAAUCAAACUGUCCACUUAGGAAGCAACACUGAGUGACAAUCAAUUUCACAUGCUGUUGUGCAAAUGGGAUAGACAACAGGUGGAAAUUAUAGGCAAUUAGCAAGACACCCCCGAUAAAGGAGUGGUUCUGCAGGUGGUGACCACAGACCACUUCUCAGUUCCUAUGCUUCCUGGCUGAUGUUUUGAUCACUUUUGAAUGCUGGCGGUGCUUUCACUCUAGUGGUAGCAUGAGACGGAGUCUACAACCCACACAAGUGGCUCAGGUAGUGCAGCUCAUCCAGGAUGGCACAUCAAUGUGGGCUGUGGCAAGAAGGUUUGCUGUGUCUGUCAGUGUAGUGUCCAGGGCAAGGAGGCGCUACCAGGAGACAGGCCAGUACAUCAGGAGAUGUGGAAGAGGCCGUAGGAGGGCAACAACCCAGCAGCAGGACCGCUACCUCCGCCUUUGUGCAAGGAGGAACAGGAGGAGCACUGCCACAGCAAUGCAAAAUGACCUCCAGCAGACCACAAAUGUGCAUGUGUCCGCUCAAACGGUCAGAAACCGACCCCAUGAGGGUGGUAUGACGGCCCGACGUCCACAGGUGGGGGUUGUGCUUACAGCCCAACACCGUGCAGGACAUUUGGCAUUUGCCAGAGAACACCAAGAUUGGCAAAUUCGCCACUGGUACCCUAUGCUCUUCACAGAUGAAAGCAGGUUCACACUGAGCACGUGUGACAGACGUGACAGAGUCUGGAGACGCCGUGGAGGACGUUCUGCUGCCUUCAACAUCCUCCAGCAUGACCGAUUUGGCAGUGGGUCAGUAAUGGUGUGGGGUGGCAUUUCUUUGGGUGGCCGCACAGCUCUCCAUGUGCUCGCCAGAGGUAGCCUGACUGCCAUUAGGUACCAAGAUGAGAUGCUCAGACCCCUUGUGAAACCAUAUGCUGGUGCGGUUGGUCCUGGGUUCCUCCUAAUGCAAGACAAUGCUAGACCUCAUGUGGCUGGGGUGUCAGCAGUUCCUGCAAGACUAAGGCAUUGAUGCUAUGGACUGGCCCACCCGUUCCCCAGACCUGAAUCCAAUUGAGCACAUCUGGGACAUCAUGUCUCGCUCCAUCCACCGUCACGUUGCACCACAGACUGUCCAGGAGUUGGCAGAUGCUUUAGUCCAGGUCUGGGAGGAGAUCCCUCAGGAGACCAUCCGCUACCUCAUCAGGAGCAUGCACAGGCAUUGUAGGGAGGUCAUACAUGCAUGUGGAGGCCACACACACUACUGAGCCUCAUUUUGACUUGUUUUAAGGACAUUAAAUCAAAGUUGGAUCAGCCUGUAGUGUGUUUUUCCACUUUAAUUUCGAGUGUGACUCCAAAUCCAGACCUCCAUGGGUUGAACAAUUUGAUUUCCAUUUUUUAUUUUUUGUGUGAUUUUGUUGUCAGCACAUUCAACUAUGUAAAGAACAAAGUUUUUCAGAAGAAUAUUUAAUUCAUUCUGAUCCAGGAUGUUUUAUUUUUGUGUUCCCUUUAUUUUUUUGAGCAGUGUAUGUUGGUUUUUAAAGGACAGAGGACUUUAUUUUACUAUCCUGUAUAUAAACCUAGCACAUUAAGUGUAAAUAAAAUGCGUAUUCUGACAAUUUUGUUUGUAAUCAUUUUUACACAUCCAGUGCAAGUAAAUAAACGAACUUGACAAUGAUUCACUUAUCUGUCCUUAUAUCUUGUGGUAGAAAACACUAACCCUAUACCAACCCUUCCCCUGAUGGCCGAGGCUGACAGAUCUCUAUUGAUUUAACCCCGCUCACACCAACGGUGUAGCAAUAGGCAUAUAAAUGGCUUUAUGCAGCGCUCACUUUGUUAUCUGCAUACAAUACAAAUGGCCCCAGCUGACAGAGGGCAGCCCCGGGUGUCGAUUGAUUCCCUGGGUCUCCUGGUGUACGCAGGGAUUUAAGCCAGCUCACUCUGAUAUGAUGGGAUGUUUCAUGCUGUCCUAACAACGUUAAAGCCCACUUUGUAAAGGGAUUAAAUAAACAACAGUUACAAUUUAGGGACAUCUCAGUAUGGAGCGCCAUUCUCUCUGGAAUGGAGGAACGCAGCACCCCAUUAAUGGACGCGUGCUCUGAUAGCAGUAAAGCUGAUCCCCCAAACAGUCUCGGUCUAUAUGAAGAGAAUUGGCAUGGCUAACUCAAUGAAAUCCGUUCCUCUCCCGACUGCGAGAAUACAUGGCUUGCUUUGCAGAUCUUGUUUAUAACUAAAUAAAUAAAUAAAUGUCCCUCAGGUAUCGCCCACUGAAAAGAACGCCAGCGAAUCCCUGUGUUCGCUGAGGUUUGGGGACCGUGUGCGGGCCGUGGAGCUGGGGGCACCAGCCCGUAGAAUCGAGCCGCCACCACUUAGAGAACAGACAGAGGUAAGGAGAGGGGGAGGGGGAGAAGAAUACUGCGCUGGAGCCUAGGUUGGCUUUUUAGAAAUGUUAAUGUUUAAUCGGAAAUUCUAAAUGAAACAGACUGUGCAAUAAAGGAAGUGUAAUCUUUACAGGAACAGUCUGUUUAAUUUGGAUUUUAUUAUUUCAUGCUCUUUUCUAUUUCUUAAUCUCCUGUAUGUAAUUAAAGUUCCAUUUACAGAGAAGGAGAUAAAAAAACAAAAACUUCUAAAUGUUUGAAAAUGAAACCAGUUUAUUUUUUCAUGCAGGCUCUGUCAAUCAUAGCCAGGGGAGGUGUGGCUAGGGCUGCAUAAACAGAAGCUAAGUGAUUUAACUCCUAAAUGACAGUGAAUUGAGCAGUGAAAUUGCAGGGGAAUGAUCUAUACACUAAAACUGCUUUAUUUAGCUAAAUUUGAUUUGGUGACUCUAGUGUCCCUUUAAUUAGUUAAUUAGUAAAAGGUUCUGUCUGUAGUGACCAGCCGUGUAAUUAACCCUUUCAGAGCAGCAGCACAAAAUCUCCCAUGUUGCAAUGAAAGUGUUAUAACGGAGGCUGAUCAUCGCCCCCAAUUAAAAAGCAGGCGAGGCAGUGCAGAUUGGCCAUCCCAUGGGCUACGAGGGGACUAUAGAAUCCUUUUAACUAGAGCCAGGCGGUUUUUGUUUUGGGAAUGGAUAUCUUGUCAAAUCUACAGCUGUGUUAGGGCAAGGCAUAUGUAGGUUACAGCACAGCACCAUAACCAGCUGUUAACCAUAUCUUUUCCUUACAGACUGAGAGCUUAACAGGUCGUGGCGCAAGAAACACCUCCUUGCGGAAACGACCCAUAAAUUCAGGUAUUUGCUCCACGGACAUUACCCCACCAACCUACGCACCUAGAACUGAACUUACUGCAUUACCCCCCCCCCACGCACCUAGAACUGAACUUACUGCAUUACCCCCCACCUACGCCUAUGCACCUAGAACUGAACUUACUGCAUUACCCCCCACCUACGCACCUAGAACCGAACCUACUGCAUUACCCCCCCACCUACGCACCUAGAACUGAACUUACUGCUUUACCCCCCCUACGCACCUAGAACUGAACUUACUGCAUUACCCCCCACCUACGCACCUAGAACUAAACUUACUGCAUUACCCCCCACCUACGCACCUAGAACAGAACUUACUGCAUAACCCUCCACUAUGCACCUAGAACUGAACUUACUGCUUACCCCCCACGCACCUAGAACUGAACUUACUGCAUUACCCCCACCUACGCACCUAGAACUGAACUUACUGCAUUACCCCCCAUCUAUGCAUCUAGAACUGAACUUACUGCUUUACCCCCUCACCUAGAACUGAACUUACUGCAUUACCCCCAUCUAUGCACCUAGAACUGAACUUACUGCAUUACCCCCCACCUACGCACCUAGAACUAAACUUACUGCAUUACCCCCCACCUACGCACCUAGAACAGAACUUACUGCAUAACCCUCCACUAUGCACCUAGAACUGAACUUACUUCGUUACACUCUCCCUCCAGGCACCUAGAACUGAGCUUACUGCAUUACUCCCCACCUACGCACCUGUUACGGUUACCUCCAGGCUAGCUGGAAGCUGAACCGCUUGGAUGAUCUGGAUCCCAAAGGCAGAGAAAGGGGAGAGUCAUGCCGGUGGUUAUUCCAUAAGAAUCCUGUAAAUGUAGAACAAUCCCACAAGCUAUAGUACAGCUAGGAUACUCUUUUCCCCACAAAACAAGUCGAGGCUGCUAUUUGAAGGUCAAACAAGAACUGGCUUUAAUGACACACAGGGGACCGAAUUUAUGCAAAAUCUCAGGUCCAGGGACAGCCCCCUCUGGACCUGAUGGGAUACAGGGACAAUCCAAGUGGGGGACCAAUAGAAAUGCAAUGCAUAGUUUGAAAUCGUCACCGCCCAGCUUAGAGAUAAUGAAUCCAACGGUUAUUACAAUACAAUUAUCUCCAAGCGCCCAAAACCCCACAUGUUUUUGCCACAUAGAAAACAGAAUAAAAAUACAUAACUCAAACAGUUUUAUACAUAAUUCGUGUCUUCCACCAUUCAUUACAUAGCCUUGGUUGAGGCGAAACAAUUAACCAAAGAGCGCUCCGAACCCACGAAUGGUAUGCGGUAUUUCCUCGAACCAAAGUCUGUUCGUGUCUUUGGGUUCUGAGCGUGUGAUGGCGGCCAUGUUUUGAGGUAGGCUAAUAGGCCGAGGGACUUCACUCUCAAACUUGUGGAACAGGAACCGGCUAGAAGUCUGUACGAAUCCCCGCUCCGUCGCUGGAAGUCUCCGGUGUUCGGGAGGCGAAUGAAGACCGCCGGGAGGGGGUACUUAACCUGCGGUUAACCGCAGAAACCAACAUUCUAAUUGGAGCCACACGCCAGGCUUUAGGUGGCCCUUUGUUCGGUACCGGUUUGGUAGUUAGAGUAUCGGGUGAUGGGGCACGAACGUGGACUCCCUGUUGUCGUUAAUUAGGUUGCAGUUAACCGCAGACCGCAACUCUCUGGGCGAUUAAGUGGAGACACACUCCGCUCGUAAGGUGGUCGGCCGUUCGGCUGUUCCCGGGGGGACCGGGGUUAAGUGGCGGCACACGCCAAGAUCCUGGUGGUCUGUCGUUCGUAUCACGAAUAGCCAGCAGGUCCGUAGUUCGGGAGCUAGGUAUCAAAUCCCAAUAUUGUAAUCAAACUCUGGGUGAAAUGUAGCAAUAAAUAACAUUCGCUUCUGAGUUGUAGCGAUCCAAUAGUUUGUAACAGUUUGUAACAGCACCUAGAACUGAAAGUGGUGGAACCAGCCUCGCCACUGGGCACUGGAGAAGACUGAUUGCCAGCCUCUUGUCCUGUGACUAUGGCCCCAUGUUGAAAUGCUUGAUGUUCCCCUGCAAAGACCCGAAAGCCGGGUCAUUCGGUACUUUCCCUAUAUGAGCAGUGUUACCCCAGAUAGCUAUCCCAUGGAGCCCAUUCGUAUAACGAAAGACUAUGUGAAAGACUUUGGCUCCAUGGCAAUUGAACUGUAUGUAUGUGAUCUGAGCGCCAUUCAGUAAUAAUGUGCGCUCAGGUCUAAGCUAGCUGGGGAUAUAUUUUGAAUUUACCUGUUUUAUGCAAUAGCUGCACAGUUAUAUAUUUCUCUGUAUUUUAUUGUAUUUUGCUACCAUGUGGCUAAUGGAGUUUUGCCUCUGUCCUUGGAGAUAAUUGGAUUACUUCCCAAUUAUCUCCAGGAUAGAAGACUCUGUGGAACUGGUUUUGGGCAGAAAAGCCAUGCUUCAUUUAGUUACAAAGGACGUUGAUCUAACUUUUGACCCACUGGACCAAUUUGUAUGAUUUUGACGUAUGUUGGUAUUUGGAGUCUGCUGAUUCUGAAAAUGUAAUGUGUAAAUGUGGAUGUGAAUGUGAUGUAUACUUUUACAGUUAUGAAUAGUGUAAAACUGUGUAUAAUUAUAUUAAUUGUAUCACAGGCAGAGGGGAGGAUUUUAUGUGGGAGUGUCUGAGUGUAUUGUACGUGUUUAUUGGUUGUUCUUCAAAACCCUGUGGGCAGUACUAUGUUUGUACAAUGUGAAUAAAAGAGGCUGUAUGUGCCAGUACAGUCAGUUCUACUUCACCCUCAAUGUGGAGUGCCGUCUCUUAUUGGGGGAAUCUGCAACAGUGGAUUGCUAUGCUUGUCAUAUUCCCUUGCUAAAUCACUACUAAGCUCUUGUAAGAGCUCGUUCCUGCCUUGCUCUCUGGAGGAGUAUAUGGUGGUUAUGGUGUCUGCAGUGCUUGGAGUCCUCAGGAAGCGCUAGGAGCAUCCUUCAACGGAGGUACCCAGUCGGGGUGCCCAUCGAUCCGUUACAUUGGUGGCAGUGGUGGGAUGGCAUCCUCGUGUGAGGUAAAGCAUUUCAGAGAGACCGUUCGUGGAUUUACAAAUUGAGGGCGACGCUAGUGUUCAUAUAGCGUCCCUGUCUAAAGAAAGAUUUGGGAAAAUGGGGUUUGUGGGCAGCACACACACCCCUGGGCAGCACACACACCCGAGGAAGAGAGUGAAAUGGAAUGGAGAGAAAUUGCCCAGAAAGAAUUAUGGUACGAUGCCCUGGAGGAAGUCCAGUAUCAACGGCAGCAGCGCCUUCCUGGUGUCGCAUACCAGUUGGAGGAACAAAUGGCCUGGCGGAUGCCGCUUCUGGGAGACCAACCAGGAGGGGAGCAGGUAGUACAACUUGAGUACCUCGUGGAAAGGGAACUGAGCAUGGAUGCCUCAUACUGGGCACUGUGGUGGUGCACCGUCCAGCCAGAGACGUGGAGGGCAGAAGGCAUCCAGCCGGAGGGAGAGAACUACACUAGCCCUGGCCUGUUGUGGAAGGACUUAGCGGAAGUCGUCGACUUCGGCAGUCCAGCAGAGUCACGGUACUGGGCUAUCUUGCAUUACCGGGGUGAGAUGUUACAGGGCCCGAGAUCUAUUGGCCUGGUAGAAGACCUCUGCCAUUUCGCUGCUGGAGAUUGACUAUGUGGAACUACUAAACUUGUGUCAGCCGCAGAGCAUGGACGCAGAACGGGAAAACUGGGUGGCGGACCCAGACCUGCCAGCCUACAGCUGGGAAAACUUGGCCGAGGUACCCCCUGCUUCACUACCAGCUGCAGAAGUAGGGGACCUCAUAGACUGGUCCUGGAGAGACCCACAGAUGGCAGGUGGAGAUGGGACCGAGAUCUCUCUACUGGCCCUACGGGGAUGCUGGGCAGUUGGCCCAGAUCCCCAGCGGCAGAGUACAUUACAGGGAGGAGAGACCUCCGGUUUCACUCCCCAGCAGCAGAGCGCAUUAUUGGAAGGGGAGACAGUCGGUCUCACUUCCCAGCAGCAGUAUGGGUUACUGGGAGAAGAGACAGUCAGUCUCUCUCCCCAGCAGCCAAGAGAGUUAUUAGAAGAAACAGUCGGUCUCUCUCCCCAGCGGCAGAGUGUAUUACAGGAAGGGGAGACAGUCAGUCCCCCUCUCCAGCAUCGGAGAGAGUGUCAGGGAGAGGAGCCGGUUACCACCUCUCCCCAGCGGCAGCUUAUUCCCCAAAGGGGAUACCUUAUUCUCCCAGAUGGGGCAGAUGGGACCGCAGUCUCUGCACCCGGUCUACAGGGGUGCGGGACAGCCUCUCCAGAUCCCCAGCAGCAGGACUGUUUAUCAAAAGAGGAGACAGUCUGUCUCCCCCUCCAGCAGCAGCACCGGGUCCAGGGAGAGGAGCCUACCACCCCCUCUUCACAGCUGGGCUCCAACCAGACUACUCCAGCUGAAGUGCUGGCACCAGGGCAGAGUAUCGCUGGUCUCUGCCCACUCAGCAACCCACAGAUCCGGAGUACCCUUACCCCACACAGCCGUGAUGGAGCCCCUGGACGAAGACUGGCUGCACGUUUCCGCAGGUGCAGUAACUUUUCAUUGUGGGUGGGCUGCACUACUAUGUUUUGUGGGUGGGUUGCUGGACUAACCAAGGCACUGACCGACAGGAGGCCAGAUACCUUGAUAGUCUUUUUGGGAAAGGGGAGAAAUGUGGCGGAACAAGCCUCGCCACUAGGCAUUGGAGAAGACUGAUUGCCAGCCUCCUGCCCUUUGACUAUGGCCAAAUGUUGAAAUGCUUGAUGUUCCCCUGAAAAGACCCAAAAGCCGAUUCAUUCGGUACUUUCCCUAUGUGAGCAGUGUUACCCCAGAUAGCUAUGCCAUGGAGCCCAUUCGUAUAACGAAAGACUAUGUGAAAGACUUUGGCUCCAUGGCAAUUGAACUGUAUGUAUGUGAUCUGAGCGCCAUUCAGUAAUAAUGUGCGCUCAGAUCUGAGCUAUCUGGGGAUAUAUUUUGAAUUUACCUGGUUUAUGCAAUGGCUGCACAGUUAUAUAUUUCUAUGUGUUUUAUUGUAUUUUGCUACCAUGUGGCUAACGGAGUUUUGCCUCUGUCCUUGGAGAUAAUUGGAUUACUUCCCAAUUAUCUCCAGGAUAGAAGACUCUGUGGAACUGGUUUUGGACAGAAAAGGCAUACUUCCUUUGGUCACAAAGGACAUUGAUCUAAUUUUUGACCCACUGGACCAAUUUGUAUGAUUUUGACGUAUGUUGGUAUUUGGAGUAUGAUUCUGAAAAUGUAAGUUUUAUGUGAAUGUGAUGCAUACUUUUAAAGUUAUGAAUAUUGUGUAAAACUGUGUAUUUUCCUGCCUGUGAUAAUUAUAUUAACCCAUUGUGUAAGGUAAUUGUAUCACUGGCAGAGGGGAGGAUUUUGUGUAGGAGUGUCUGAGUGUAUUGUACGUUUUUAUUGGUUGUUCAUCAAAACCCUGUGGGCAGUACUAUGUUUGUACAAUGUGAAUAAAAGAGGCUGUAUGGGCCAGUCAGUUCUACUUCACCCUCAAUUUGGAGUGCCGUCUCUUAUUGGGGGAAUCUGCUACAAGGGAUUUCUAUGCUCUGCAUACUCUCUUGCUAUAUUCACUGCUAAGCUCUUGUAAGAGCUCAUUCCUGUCUUGCUCUCUGGGGGAGUCUACGGUGGUUAUGGUGUCUGCUACAGUGCUUGGAGUCCUCAGGAAACACUAAGAGCAUCCUUCAUCUGAGGUACUCAGUCGGGGUGCCCGUCGAUCCGUUACACUGAACUUACUGCAUUACCCUCCACCUAUGCACCUAGAACUGAACUUACUGCAUUACUCUCUUCCUACGCACCUAGAACUGAGCUUACCGCAUUACCCUCUACCUCCCACACAGUUAGAACUGAACUUACUGCAUUACUCUCUCCCCCCACACCUAGAACUGAGCUUACCGUGUUACCCUUUCCCUCCCACGUAGUUAGAACUGAACUUACUGCAUUACUCUCUCCCCCCACACCUAGAACUGAGCUUACCGUGUUACCCUUUCACUCCCACGUAGUUAGAACUGAACUUACUGCAUUACUCUCUUCCCCCCACACCUAGAACUGAGCUUACCGUGUUACCCUUUCUCUCCCACGUAGUUAGAACUGAACUUACUACAUUACUCUCUCCCCCCACACCUAGAACUGAGCUUACCGUGUUACCCUUUCACUCCCACGUAGUUAGAACUGAACUUACUGCAUUACUCUCUCCCCCCACACCUAGAACUGAGCUUACCGUGUUACCCUUUCCUCCCACGUAGUUAGAACUGAAUUACUGCAUUACUCUCUCCCCCCACACCUAGAACUGAGCUUACCGUGUUACCCUUUCCCUCCCACGUAGUUAGAACUGAAUUACUGCAUUACUCUCUCCCCCCACACCUAGAACUGAGCUUACCGUGUUACCCUUUCCCUCCCACGUAGUUAGAACUGAACUUACUGCAUUACUCUCUCCCCCCACACCUAGAACUGAGCUUACCGUGUUACCCUUUCCCUCCCACGUAGUUAGAACUGAACUUACUGCAUUACUCUCUCCCCCCACACCUAGAACUGAGCUUACCGUGUUACCCUUUCCCUCCCACGUAGUUAGAACUGAACUUACUGCAUUACUCUCUCCCCCCACACCUAGAACUGAGCUUACCGUGUUACCCUUUCACUCCCACGUAGUUAGAACUGAACUUACUGCAUUACUCUCUCCCCCCACACCUAGAACUGAGCUUACCGUGUUACCCUUUCCCUCCCACGUAGUUAGAACUGAAUUUACUGCAUUACUCUCUCCCCCCACACCUAGAACUGAGCUUACCGUGUUACCCUUUCCCUCCCACGUAGUUAGAACUGAAUUCACUGCAUUACUCUCUCCCCCCACACCUAGAACUGAGCUUACCGUGUUACCCUUUCCCUCCCAUGUAGUUAGAACUGAACUUACUGCAUUACUCUCUCCCCUAAGCACCUAGAACUGAGCUUACCACAUUACCCUUUUCCUCCCAUGCAGUUAGAACUGAACUUACUGCAUUACUCUCUCCCCCCACACCUAGAACUGAGCUUACCGUGUUACCCUUUCCCUCCCACGUAGUUAGAACUGAAUUCACUGCAUUACUCUCUCCCCCCACACCUAGAACUGAGCUUACCGUGUUACCCUUUCCCUCCCAUGUAGUUAGAACUGAACUUACUGCAUUACUCUCUCCCCUAAGCACCUAGAACUGAGCUUACCACGUUACCCUUUUCCUCCCAUGCAGUUAGAACUGAACUUACUGCAUUACUCUCUCCCCCCACACCUAGAACUGAGCUUACCAUUUACCCUUUCCCUCCUACGUAGUUAGAACUGAACUUACUGCAUUACUCUCUCCCCUAAGCACCUAGAACUGAGCUUACCGUGUUACCCUUUCCUUCCCACGUAGUUAGAACUGAAUUCACUGCAUUACUCUCUCCCCCCACACCUAGAACUGAGCUUACCGUGUUACCCUUUCCCUCCCACGUAGUUAGAACUGAAUUCACUGCAUUACUCUCUCCCCCCACACCUAGAACUGAGCUUACCGUGUUACCCUUUCCCUCCCAUGUAGUUAGAACUGAACUUACUGCAUUACUCUCUCCCCUAAGCACCUAGAACUGAGCUUACCACAUUACCCUUUUCCUCCCAUGCAGUUAGAACUGAACUUACUGCAUUACUCUCUCCCCCCACACCUAGAACUGAGCUUACCAUUUACCCUUUCCCUCCUACGUAGUUAGAACUGAACUUACUGCAUUACUCUCUCCCCUAAGCACCUAGAACUGAGCUUACCGUGUUACCCUUUCCCUCCCACGUAGUUAGAACUGAAUUCACUGCAUUACUCUCUCCCCCCACACCUAGAACUGAGCUUACCGUGUUACCCUUUCCCUCCCACGUAGUUAGAACUGAAUUCACUGCAUUACUCUCUCCCCCCACCCCUAGAACUGAGCUUACCGUGUUACCCUUUCCCUCCCAUGUAGUUAGAACUGAACUUACUGCAUUACUCUCUUCCCCCCACACCUAGAACUGAGCUUACCGUGUUACCCUUUCCCUCCCACGUAGUUAGAACUGAACUUACUGCAUUACUCUCUCCCCUAAGCACCUAGAACUGAGCUUACCGUGUUACCCUUUCCCUCCUACGUAGUUGCAACUGAACUUACUGCAUUACUCUCUCCCCUAAGCACCUAGAACUGAGCUUACCGUGUUACCCUUUCCCUCCCAUGUAGUUAGAACUGAAUUUACUGCAUUACUCUCUCCCCCCCACACCUAGAACUGAGCUUACCACGUUACCCUUUUCCUCCCAUGCAGUUAGAACUGAACUUACUGCAUUACUCUCUCCCUAAGCACCUAGAACUGAGCUUACCAUUUACCCUUUCCCUCCCAUGCAGUUAGAACUGAACUUACUGCAUUACUCUCUUCCCCCCCCACCUAGAACUGAGCUUACCGUGUUACCCUUUCCCUCCCAUGUAGUUAGAACUGAAUUUACUGCAUUACUCUCUCCCCCCACACCUAGAACUGAGCUUACCACGUUACCCUUUUCCUCCCAUGCAGUUAGAACUGAACUUACUGCAUUACUCUCCCCCCUAAGCACCUAGAACUGAGCUUACCGUGUUACCCUUUCCCUCCCAUGCAGUUAGAACUGAACUUACUGCAUUACUCUCUCCCCCCACACCUAGAACUGAGCUUACCAUUUACCCUUUCCCUCCCUCGUGGUUGGAACUGAACUUACUGCAUUACUCUCUCCCUAAGCACCUAGAGACUAGACACUGUUUUACACUUUCCCUCCUACGUAGUUAGAACUGAACUUACUGCAUUACUCUUUCCCCUACGAUCCAAGUGUUUACAUUUUCCAUCACCCCAGUGGUCACAGCUUACAUUUGGUUUCCUCUCCCCAGGGCGCCUUCGGAUCGGGCUGCAGUAACAGUGUUAUUAUGGAUCCUCGAAACUUCAUCCCUCAUAGGGAGACAAGCAAUAAAUGGACAUCUUGCUGCCUGUGUAAUAAAUGAUGUAUAUAAUCUAUAAAUAAUAAUAUACAGAGAUUUUAUAUUAAACCUGAGUAAAGUAUUGACCAGAUAGCUUUGUGCAUCAUUCCUUGGGUCACCACAGGAGCUGCCACUCUAGUGGCUAAUCUGCAUCAACAGUGUUAAUUUAAUCAAUAAAAUAAAAGGUAAGGUUGGAGCUCGAGGAAAAAAAAAAAAAAAGUCUUAUUGGAUUUAUAUUCAUCCCAUUUCCUCUCACUUCCAAUUCAGCCAAAUACGAAUAGACUUUAGGGGCCCAGUACAGUGAGACGAUACAUACCUUCACCAAUGUUCCCUCGGAUUUUUAUGAGUGGAUGUGUAGAAAUUUUUCUCUUGCGCAAAAUGUUUUCCUGAUUCAAAAUUCUGUGGGCACUGAAUUCUUGUGCGAACGUAAACCUGAAAUUUUUUCUUCAUAAUUGUGGUACAGUCCAGCCUCUCUCGCAGUUUAUAACACUACAUUACAGCAUUAGUACGCAGCCUCUCUCGCGGUUUAUAACACUAUAUUACAGCAUUACUACGCAGCCUCUCUCGCGGUUUAUAACACUACAUUACAGCAUUACUACGCAGCCUCUCUCGCAGUUUAUAACACUACAUUACAGCAUUACUGCGCAGCCUCUCUCGCGGUUUAUAACACUACAUUACAGCAUUACUACGCAGCCUCUCUCGCAGUUUAUAACACUACAUUACAGCAUUACUGCGCAGCCUCUCUCGCGGUUUAUAACACUACAUUACAGCAUUACUACGCAGCCUCUCUCGCAGUUUAUAACACUACAUUACAGCAUUACUGCGCAGCCUCUCUCGCGGUUUAUAACACUACAUUACAGCAUUACUACGCAGCCUCUCUCGCAGUUUAUAACACUACAUUACAGCAUUACUGCGCAGCCUCUCUCGCGGUUUAUAACACUACAUUACAGCAUUACUAAGCAGCCUCUCUCGCGGUUUAUAACAUUACAUUAGGGCUUGACAAACUUGCUUUGAAUCUAGGAGCCACCACUUAAACUUACAUAGCUUUAUAGUCAACAACAAAAAUACAGUUCUUAAAGGGACACUUAGUUACAUAGUUACAUAGCUGAAAAGAGACUUGCGUCCAUCAAUUUCAGCCUUCCUCACAAAUGUUGUUGCUGUUUGUGACGGAACGCUGGCACUCCGACUGAGUACCUCCGCCAAUCGAUGCUCCUAGUGCUCGCUGAGGACUCCAAGCACUCCAACCGACACCAUCAGCACUGCAGACCCCACUUCCAGCGAUGCAACUGCGCCGGGGUCUCUGCUGUCUCCACCCACCCUGGACCCAAGGCCAG